AUGUCAUCUUUUGAACCUCAUAACAAGCCAGUCGUUCAAUGUGGCCUUAACAUAUCCCCAUUAAACUACAAUCCAACUGAAAGAACGGAUUACCAAAACCAGAAAUUCAUGGUAGUUUAAUGGUAGUUUAAUGAAUCGAUAUAUAUUGUACAAGGUAUGAAUGUUCUUUGUCCACGACUUCAUUGGUUCGCAAGUUAACACAAUUUGGAAUUUUAAUAUUGUAAACAAACACUAUAGAAUUUCCUCCUUUUGUGUUUAGCUAGCUUACAAGUAAAAAAAUACAAGCUCUGUUUUUCUUACUUUAUUCAACUGUAUAUUUUAAAUUUGAGGAAAAUCUAUACAGCUAAUAUAGCGUCCAGAAUAUAAGUAAGUUUUGAAAGUAAAAAAUCUGGUCAUUAUUUAUUUAUUUUUCUUCUAUCCAUAUUAUAAUACCCGCAUAUAUCUUUCUUUUACGCAAAAUAAUGCCGCAGUAGCAAGACACAUGGGCGAACGCGUGGGUUUAUCUACAGGCCACCGACUAGUAACAAAAGUAACGUUCAUUAACUAGAUAGAACCCGACACGUGUUUUAGCUGAAGUGUAUAUAAGACACCUCCUAACUGACUCAGCUCCCUUAAGAAAUUAAAAACAGAGAAGCUUUAACAAUAAUACAGACUGACAGUUAAUUUUAUACCUACAAUCUUGUCAAUAUAUAAUAUAUGUUAAGACAAGAGAGCUAAUUUCGAAGUUCGCCACCACAAGUAAUUCCGUAUGCUAUUUCUAUAUUAGGUUCUCACAUUUUGAACUUGUUAUUGUUCAGAGUGGACUUACUUAGGACUUCAUACGCUAUUUGAUUAAGUUCGAACUUCUGAAAUGUGCUAAUUGUCUCUCACGAAACCAUGACUAUUUUCGAGCUCCGUUGUGGAUUAUUUCGAUCUGCAGGCCUGCUAAAGAAUGUGACUACCAAAUUUUUAACGCUGUCUGCCUGGCAUACGUGUGUGCAAAAGAAGCCUAAUUGUUGCAGCGCAUUGACCUUUGUUGAUAUUUGAAAAAUGAAGAAAAAAUUGUAUUCGUCUCAAAAAAUGUUUCCAAGAUUGAGAUACAAUACGUUAAUUUCAUAUGUUAAAACGAAAAUAUCAAGCGAUGUUGCUGGUUGACUCCAUGUUGAUAAUUAUAAUUUAUGCGAGGUUGAAACAUCUAUUAAGCAGUUUCUAAACAUGCAACUACACAUAUAGCGAUAAUUAUUGCAGUAGGUUUGCUCAAAUGAAAAAAGAAACUUUCAGAUGAAAUCAUGGUAAAAAUAUUCUAUAUCUACCAGAUUAAAGUACAGCUAAAACUUUUGCAAGCAUGACACAGAUUUUUUAAUCAAAUUGAAAGAGGUCCUUAGUUUUGAUAUCUUCCAAUGCUGCAUCUUUUUUCAAUGGAUUUCAUUACAAAAUCCACAUCCAAGUGGUAGUACAUUUAUUUACAGUGUACAACUGCUAGAUAAAGUGUUGUAAUUUGGAUAUUUUGACGCACAUUAGUUUUUACUAGUUGUGGAAAAAGUAUGUAAAAAGUUAUGUAAAACCUUUUACCGUCCAGUAUACAGGAGUGUCGUAAUGUAUGAUUUAAUAUACCAACUGGCGGCAAAAUGUUUUAUCUUUUGUGUUUCUCCCGUCUACUUCUUGAUAUUCAAACAAUUUUAACCAAUUGCUGCUGAAAAUACCAUAUAAAAGUAAAAAGAAAAUAAAUUGAAAAAUAAAGCAAAGAUGUCUGGUGGAUAUGAAUAUAAAGUUAUCGGUGAAGUGAUACCAGAUUUAUAUUGUUGCGUUUGUUUAAACUUAAUGAAGGAGGCAAUGCAGUUUGCACGUGGACAUGGAAUGUGUUACAGCUGUUUACAAGAUCUGGAAUUGAAGAAUAAGAAAGAUUUCAUUUGUCCGAGUUGCCGUCAAAAAAUAGAUAACAUACAACCAGCUACUAUUAUUAACAGAAUAAAUAUGUCGGUAAAAGUAAAGUGUGGUUAUUUCGAGAGAGGUUGUUCGUGGACUGGAGAACUAAGUAACAUACAGGAUCACCUUACAAAAGAAUGUCAUUUCCAGCUUGUUAAUUGUACUUUUGAUAAUUGCAAAGAGGCUAUGGAACGUCACAGGCUGCCUGAUCAUCAAGAGUUAUGCACUUUCAAAACUGUUUUGUGUAUGUAUUGCUCAUCGACAUGCCUUAUGUCCGAGUUAAAGGAUCAUUGUGCUACAUGUGGGAAAUAUCCUGUCCCUUGCUCAAACCAAUGCUCAAUGGAAACAAUGGAACGGGAAAUGGUGGAAGUUCGUCGCAAUAUUUGCUGUAAAGAAGUUGUUGCCUGUGAAUUUUCAUCGUUUCGAUGUAAUUCUACGUUCACCAGAGAUUAUAUGCUGGACUAUGGUCGCAGUUUGUCACAACAUCAUUUAUCUUUAACAUUAAAAGAAGUUCAAGAAAUGAAGGACAAUAUUGUGAAGUUCAUGCAGGGAAUGAAGAAAGAAAUCAAUGAUCUAAAAUUACAAGCGUCAGAGAAGGAGAAAGCAAAAUUAAAGUGGUACACGGCCAAACUUUUUGUCAAUAUAAAAAAUGAAUUGAACGAGAACGACAUAUUUUCAAACCAUUUCAUGAAAUUAUUUAAAGCUCAUUUAAAAGCCUUCGACAGCAAUUUUGACCUUUUUAUCAAAAGUAUCGCAUGGUUGAAAAAUCACUUAAAUGAAACAAUAAAAUGUAGGAAUCACACAGAAGGUUACCAAGAUCUUCAAAAUGAAGUUUUUAAAAUAUUUGAAAAGAAUAUAUUAAUUAUAAAAGAGGAUAUUUUACUUCUUAAUUCCAUUUGGGAAACAAUUAAGCAUGAAAUGAAAACAUUUAUUGCAGAUCUGCAAAAAGGGUAUGUUGAAUAGUAGAUUAAUUGCAAUAUUCAACAUGAUGAAACCUGAUUUUAAGUAUACUGUUGGUGCCAAUUACUUUUAUAAAGUUAAAACGUGGUUGUUAAGUGAUAAUCGGCAAAGGGGUUUAUCGGUACAUUAAAGUCUUUGAUGAUGAAUUUGUAACUUGCUUUAUUCAGACAAGACCCGGAACAAUUUUUAUUGUAUUGAAGGAAAUCGACAAAUGGAAGAAAAAGAAAUAUCAUGUUUACAACAAGAGAAUGGAAAAAAGGCAAAUGCUAUUUGAACAUCAUCGCCUAUCAUUUAAAAUUAGAAUUGCGGAAUUAAAAAUCUAAGAUUUUAUUAUUGAAGAUAAACUACUCGUGCGACUUGUGUAACAUGAAACGUAUGAUAUUAUGUAUCCUCUAAAUAUUAAUACACACCAACCGUUAAACAAA